AUGAGCCACUCUCCUCAGUCACGCUAUCACUUCCGCGGAAGAAACCACAAACUGAAUCAAACGACAAUGGAAGCUGAGGAAAACGACAGUGUCGUUGUUCAAACGGAACCUUCGAGUUCCCACGCCGGCGAGAGCGGUUCCGAAGCCAACGACGGCGACGAUGAUCCCCUCCGGCAGAGCUCCGACGUGUUGGCGAAAGGCCUGUCUUCGAUGCUCUCUUCCGUCAUUAGGGAUUUCGAUUGCAGAGCUCAACAAACUCUCAAAAGCCAAGACCACCUCUCUUCCGCCAUCGAUCGUCUCACCGCAGAACUUGAUCAGUUACUCGAAGAUGCACCUUUGCCAUUCAUAAUACAGCAUGCUGCCAAAAUUUCUACUGUUAGGAGAAGAGUUUCAUCACUGAAUUCACUUCUAAAAUCCAUACAAGGGCGGAUUGAUAAUAUAGACCGCAUGCUGUCUAUUAUCAACACUCAUGAGAAAACAACCACUGAAGGUUCUGGGUGAAAUGUCACCAGCAGCUUAAUCAGCUUCCAUUCUUUCCAUAUGUACUACGCCCUUAGCCCCUUGAAUUAUUCUUGUUAGGCAUUUACCUGACCGGUUCCAGUAAAGAACUUCAAAAU